AUGCAAGGAAAUCGGCCGAAUGGGGUGCUGGCAAGAGGAUACUUGCUAUAUGCUGUGAUCCCUGGCUGCUGCAUCGAUGACACCAUCGAGCUCUUCAUGCUCGCCCUGCACCAGGCCGUGCCCUUCAUGCUUAUGGCCCAGUACUUCGACCGCCGUGAUGAGCCUGACCCUGGCGACCCACCGCAGAUGCUGGUGGAGGGCAAGCCCGGCACCGGAAAGACCCAAUUCAUACAGGCGCUGCUCUGGUACACAUUCCAGCAUGGCUGCCCGCACUGGGCGGCCACCUGCGCCUACUCCUGGGCCGCCGCAGCUGCCUUCGACACGCCAGUGCACCGCAGCCUCUCCACCCACGCCAUGUUUGCCCUCUCCGCUGGCAACAACCGAGCGGAGAGUGUCAGGAAAGGCAGCGCUGCCAGCCUACAGGUGCACCGCAAUGCCGGCACUGGUGCGCUCAUGAUUGAUGAGAUCGGCAUGAACAGCCUAGACCACCUGGGCGCGUGCAACCAGUCAUGCACCCAUCACCUGUUGCCGCCAUCACAUCUCGCCGGCGACCACCCCGCCGCCACCAUCUUCAGCGGCCGCCCCAGCGCCAACACAGGCGAUGAGUUCCAGCACCCAAAGCCAGAGGAUGACAACAAUGGCGUCCCUAACGAUGCUGCUGCUGGAGCUCAAGGCGGCAAACAGCAAGCCGAAGUAACAGCACGCCACACCCGGGCCGUCCCACAGACCCAGAGCCGCAUCCUCGAGGGCUUCCGGGUCUACCGAGCCCUGGCCAAGACGGUCUUCUUGCUGGUGAAGCAGCAGCGCCAGGACAGCAGUCCCUCUGGUCAUCACCUGACAGAGAACGAACCACGCCACAUGCUCAACACCCGGCUCAUCAUGCUGGAGGCACACCGCAAGAACCAGCGCCUUAUGGUGUGGAACGCCGACCACGUCCCUGUCCAGAAGCGCGGCGCCGCUGUGGAGCCACCCUUAACACACGUGGAGAAAGCAGUUGUGAUGUGGAUCAAGGAUGACGAGUUUGGCCACACCACCGCCGACACAUGGUACUACCAUGGCGCCCGUUACAUCCUCCUUGACACGACGGCAGCUGAUGCCGGGGCGAGUCACAACAACGAAGUGGAAGCCUGCGGCUUGCUUGAAGAUGGCUGCGAGCCAGCAGAUGACGGCCGUGGGCCAUACCACUGGCUCAAGUACCUGCCAGCGGCCGUCAUUGUGCGGCCUGUGAGCGGCCACAUCCCCGAGACCGUGCUGCAGGGCCUUGGAGACUACGCAAGCAGGGGUGGCGCCUUCAUCCUGACACCCCGGGCGUCUUGCAUGGCCGAGGUGGAGAUGCCCGCCGCCGGAUGUGGCACCAUCACAAAGCAGAUCCGGCGCCUCAACGUGCUGCUGGGCGACCGCCAGGAGGCCACGGGGACAAGUCGUAGCAGUACGGGUGCAGUUUUAGCUUGGGCGCAAUCGUGUAGCACUCGGGCGGAUAGUGUGGCGCUUCCCCGCUACUCUUUGGAUCUUCAGUCGGUUGCGGCGCCCCCCGUCAUUAGUAAGUUGUUUGUGGUGCAGCUGCAGCUCGCGGCUCCUAGUCUGGAUCAUUCUGCGUGUCUUUUGCAGAUUGCUCAGGUUGUCAUGUCUCGUGUUGGCGCCAAAACCUGGCAGUCGUAUGCGUCGCAUUUUGCCGCCUUUGUGCGUUUCUGUGUGGAGGAAAGUUUGGAGUUUCUCCCGGCCUCCCAUUAUGCCGGGCUCUUGUGGGGUCAGUUUCUCGCUGCCAAGGGCUCCAUCCAAGUCCGCACAGCGCAGCCUUAUUUCAGUGCUAUUAUCUCCGUGCAUGACUUGCUCGGGUACCCUAAGCCCUGUGCCGGAGACAACACCCUGUUGGCCGCGUUCCGUCGAGGUUGGGAGCGCUUGCAGCACUCAACGGUGCCUGCUUCCGUGCUCGUGUUGGCCUUUAGUGCAGGUGAUGCUUGGCAUCUUUAUGAGCAGUUGGCCGUGGUACCCGUUGGCUCCGAGUUAGCCUUGCCGUUGUUGUUCGUCGUGUUGAGUUUCUGUCUCUUGCUUCGCCCAGACUCUCUGCUGUCGGUAACCUGGGCGCGUGUUGCUGUCGUUCAAGGGGAGCAAGUUGUUCAGUACAAACCCCUCAAUUGGAAGGGCCGUUUGGUUGCCGUUUGGUUGCCCGUUUCCCUGCAGUGGGCUGUCCGUCAGCGUUUUUUGCGUGAUCCGUCGCGGUUGUGGCCAGCGGCCGCAUUUUUAAAUAGCCCGCUAGCCAGUGGAUUUUACAGCAGGACCGGUCGAAUUGCCCACACUCCAGCAAUUAGCCGACAAAACAAUAAUGAUUUGUGA